UAAAAUUAAAACUUGUAAUUUUUAGAUUUAUUAAUUUUGUUGAGUGGUUUGGCUUGGUUGGUUUAAACAACUACUUUUAAUUUUAUUUUACAAAGUUUUGCUUGUGAUGGAAUACUUUUAUCGAUGACUAAGUAAAUUUUAUUGAAGCGGUAAAAAAUUAUUGAUAACAAAGAAAAAAUAAAUUAUUACAAUUUGGAAAUAUCGGUACGUCCCUAGCAUACCAAUCGAUGUUGCCGGGUAUUCCAGCAAAGGGGAGCAGAGCAUGUAAUGGCCAGCAUAUGUAAAUUUUCGUCCAGCGUGGGGAUCAGAGCGAAACGAAGGACCAAUACGAUUCAUGGUAACCGCUGAACACUGUAUGUCAGCCAAUAGCUACUCGUCGAAGAUCCGGCUCCAUUUGUUUUCGUAUUUUUACUUCUAUCAUUUCAUCCAGAUAAACGGUUCAAUUAUUCAUUCAGAAAAAUCAAACUGAUUUCUACGCUGACACGCAAUAAAAGCGGGAAACAUUUAUAGUUGAUUCAGCAUUCUCGGUAUGGGAUGAGUCAACAGACGCUAGUAGGUGUCGCUGCAGGCGCUGCAGGUGUCGCUACAAUACUGCUACGCACAAAGAAAAAUUGUUAAAAACACGUUACCUUUGAAAUAUAUUUCUUUCUUUCAGAUUAUUUAGCUAAUAAAAUUUUUAUUGUUAAUAAUAUUCUAGUUACUCAUUUUGUUAUUCCUUUAUUUUAAUGCUAGUUUGUAAUUGUAGGCAGUGCUGUCGCUAGAGGAGGGAAGAUGGGGUUACUGGACCCUCAGAACUUUCAAAACUUAUAGAAAUAAUUUCAUGAAGUAUAAUAUGACUACCACUUUUAUUCAAAUAAAUUCAAGCGGUGUUAAUUGUACACAUUCUGUAAUUGAAUUCCGAUCUUCAUUUGUUUACCGAAGUUGAUUGAUGAAAUUCUUACGUGUCACAAUAAAAUUUCCGUGAUCUUUAGUUGCUUUCUUGAAAAUGCCUGAGGAAAAGAUUUUGAGGCUGCAAGAUGUUUGGCGUACUUGUAACAAAAUAAGGGCGGCGAUAUUUCGCGUUGGCUUUAGUUUAUGGGAUUACUAUAAGCCUCUGGACCCAGAAAAAAAUUGCUUGAUUUCAGAGUCGAAGUUUAUUUCGGUUUUGGCUGGGCCCCUGAAGGAUGUAGUCGGUCUAUCCGAUAGCGAAAUUUGCGAUUUGGCUGAUUAUUUUCGCGUUCAAGAUGGCAGAGUACUGUACACGCAGUUUUGCAAAAUUAUCCACGAUAGCGUUCCUGAAUUCGAUAAAAAUAAACCGCUCGUAACCGGACUAGAAUGGGAAGAUCCGGAACACGUGAAUCGACUGAGUGCAACAGAGUAUCGCAAAUUAUGUCUGAUACUCACUCAAAUCGCUGUUCUUGUGACCAAACGGAGACUCGUCCUCAGGCCCUAUUUUCAAGACUAUGAAUUAAUCUCGAAGAAUGCAGGAACAGUGACUUUCACGCAUUUCGGCCGAAUCUUGAAAUUCUUAGACAUCCUCCUGGCCUCCGAAGAAUUCACUUUGCUCGUCAAAAGAUUCGCGAAGGACGCUUACACGAUUAAUUACGUGGCCUUCUUGAAAGCGGUCGACGAAAUUCAGUCCUACUUCGACAAACACGGAAUGCUGGCUCUUGGUGGAGAGUUACUCGAUCAAUUCCCUGGGCGAAUCAUCACAGCUGAGCUACCGAAACUUCCGAGGCCGGAAAUCGGAAAGUGCUCGCCUGGAAAAGUAUUUGGAAAGCAGACGGUUUUCCAUCCGGUGACGGAGGAGCCGAGAGUUGAGAUGUCGUUGAUGGAAACUGUUCGACGCAUACAGCGACACGUUUACGAACAUCGAAUACGCAUUUCUGAGUUUUUUCAGAGGUUUGACCAUUUGAAUGCGGGCAGAGUAACGAUCUCGCAAUUCAAAAGAGGAUUAGACGGUCUUCAGGUUUCGGGCCUGGGAAGGCUUUAUUUAGCAGAAACGGAAAUCGACGCCCUCGUUCAGCUCUACAAAGAUCCAAACGAUCCGGAUCGAGUAUGUUGGCGCACAUUCCAAGACGACAUCGAUCAAGUAUUCACCGUGAAGGAGUUGGAAAAAUUGCCGAAUCUGAAAGUUGAAUCACCUCCAAAGGAAAUAGCGGAGCUAAACCGGAAGGGAACGGCCGAUUGGCAAUGUGUGUCGAAGGACAUCAGAGACCUUUGCGAGGAAACGCUGCAGAAAGUUCGUCACCGAGUGAACGAAAGAAGAAUUAUGAUCAAGCAAUUUUUCAAAGACUACGAUCGAAAUAACAAAGGUCACGUGUCACGUGCACAAAUGCGUCAAGUUUUAACAACUGCGGCGGUGUUGAUUUCAGAACAGGAGGAGUACGCGUUAGAGCAGAGAUAUAACGACGAGUUAGGGUUUAACUAUAUUUGGUUCCUAAGGGAAUUAGAGUCGCAGCGAAUAGAAGAACCUUUGUACGCUUCUCUACUGAAAGAGAAGGAAAUGAUCAACGCCGAGAAACCGCCACCGGAACCCAGCGCCGACGAGACAAAUAUUGUUCUAAUUUUAGCAAAGAUCAAAGCAAAAGUCGUGCGCGAACGCGUGAAGGUUGUUGAAUUCAUGCGUCAAUACGAUGUUCAUAAUGAGCUCGUGAUUAAGAAAGCAGACUUUAUGCGAAGUUUAGAUCAACUGCGUUGUAAUUUAACUUGCGCGGAAAUAGGAACCAUUAUGAAGGUCUUCCAAUCGCCAAUGAGAUCGGAUUGCGUGGAUUACGUGAAGUUCGGAGAAACGAUCGAGGAGGCUGUUUCCUUUGGUAGUUUAGAAAGAGCUCCACUUUUAGUGCCGAUGCAACACGUGCCCUCGGAAGCUUCUCCUAAAACGUUCUUGACUUUCGAUGAGAGACAUAUGGCUACGACUGCAAUGGACAAACUGAGCAGAGUGAAGCAGCCGAAUCUUUCCGAGUUGUUCAAGGACUGUGACAAGGAAAAUAUCGGCACAGUUUCAAAGAACUGUUUGAUGAAGGUCCUCUCCACCAGACAUAUGUUACAGUUAAUCGGUAACAGAGAGCUGGACGCAGUACACAAAUGUUUCUCUGUGGAGAGGGGUGGUCGCUUGGAACUUGAUUAUCGAGCAUUUUUGCAUGCUCUGCACCUAAUGCGGGAGAACAGAAAAUAUCUGCACUUUUAAGUCAACUUAUUAUAAAAGAAAACUCAAGAAACUGCAUUGAAUAAAAUUUGGUAUUCCAACUUUACCGGGCAAUAAAGGUUUGGACCUAUCAUUUUUCCUUCAGUACCUGCCGUAUGGCGUGCAGAAAAUGGACAACAAAACCUGACCCUUCUAAACGAGAUACGAUCCUUCGGUAGCGACAUGGUUAUAGAGAACAAAUUUUUCCUUCUACACGUUUCAUAUAUCUGCUACAAAUCUAUUUCUGUUCAAUAGUUUCCUCUAACUGCAGUACAACAAAAUUUAAAUUUAGCUAUGUUACAUAUUGGCAACAUGUGGCAAAUGUGUGGGAUGUAAAUAAAAAUGUCAAGAUAUUUUGUGAACACUGAAACUUUAUUACUGUAUAAUGGUAAAUGGAGAACUGACGUUUUCUACGUUACCAACAGCUGUGAUCACAGCUGGCACAGUAGGAUGUGACUGUAUCAGCUGCUGACUUAUUCUAAUAUGAAAUAUUUAGAAAUUAAUUACUUCUAUAAGAUAUAAUUUGAUGUAUAU